CCACCGGGUAAACAGUUCCAUUUAAAAUUCCCCUCUCCGCUUCUUUGUUUUUUUUCCACGAAGGCAACUAGUCCUCAUCGGCCGCGAGGGCUACCAUGUUCUGAGCUCCGACCGUCUGGAUUUCCUCCCCUCCUCCCUCGCGCCCUUCUAAUCCCCUACUAAAACCCUCCCUUUCUCCAUCACCUCGCUGCUCUCCAUCGCUCCCAUGGCGUCGGGGUCGCAGUUGGAAGCGAUUAAGAGGGCGAAGGUGCUGAUGGUGGGGGCCGGCGGAAUUGGAUGCGAGCUCCUCAAAACCCUAGCGUUGUCCGGCUUCCAGGAUAUUCACAUUAUAGAUAUGGACACAAUUGAAGUCAGUAACCUCAAUAGACAAUUUUUAUUUCGACAGAGUCAUGUGGGGCAAUCUAAGGCUAAAGUUGCUCGAGAUGCUGUCCUAAAGUUUAGGCCUCACAUCAGUAUAACACCAUACCAUGCAAAUGUCAAGGAUCCUGAAUUCAAUGUGGAAUUUUUUAAGCAAUUUAAUGUGGUUUUGAAUGGCCUUGAUAACUUAGAUGCUAGACGACAUGUUAACCGCCUUUGCUUGGCUGCUGAAGUUCCUUUGGUUGAAAGUGGAACCACAGGUUUCCUGGGGCAGGUCACUGUCCAUGUCAAGGGUAAAACUGAGUGCUACGAAUGCCAACCAAAACCAACUCCAAAGACCUAUCCCGUUUGCACCAUCACCAGCACUCCUUCAAAGUUUGUUCACUGUAUCGUUUGGGCAAAGGACCUGCUUUUUGCAAAGUUGUUUGGAGAUAAAAAUCAGGAGAAUGAUCUUGACGUGCGCCCCAGUGAUGGCACUAAUUCAACGAAUCCUACUGAAAAUGUGUUUGAGCGAAGGGCGGAUGAGGAUCCUGAACAGUAUGGUCGUAAAAUUUAUGAUCAUGUUUUUGGAUAUAACAUUGAAGUUGCAUUAGCUAAUGAAGAAACGUGGAAGAAUAGAAACAAACCUAGGCCUGUCUAUGUCAGAGAUGUAUUUCCAGACAAACUUAUCCUGCAAAAUGGAAGUUUGGAGAAGAAUUGUGUUACUGAAGAGUCAGCUGUGUCAGCUAUGUCAUCUCUUGGUCUGAAGAAUCCUCAGGAUAUUUGGAGUCUUGCUGAGAAUUCAAGAAUCUUUUUGGAGGCCUUGAGAUUAUUUAUUGAAAAACGACAGAAGGAUAUUGGGAAUCUGACAUUUGACAAAGAUGACCAAUUGGCUGUAGAAUUUGUGACUGCUGCAGCAAAUAUCAGGGCAUCUUCUUUUGGCAUUCCUUUGCACAGUCUGUUUGAAGCUAAAGGUAUUGCUGGCAAUAUUGUUCAUGCUGUUGCAACAACAAAUGCUAUUAUUGCUGGUUUGAUAGUAAUUGAAGCAAUCAAGGUUCUCCAGAGCGAUUUUCAGAACUACAGGAUGACAUAUUGUCUUGAACAUCCAUCAAGAAAGAUGCUCUUAAUGCCGGUACAGCCAUUUGAGGCUAAUAAAUCAUGUUAUGUCUGUUCUGAGACACCCCUGCUUCUGGAGAUAAAUACUCGAACCUCAAAGUUGCGGGACUUCGUUGAGAAGAUAGUGAACAACAAACUGGGCAUGAAUUUACCAUUGAUAAUGCAUGGCUCAACCCUCAUCUUUGAGGCUGGUGAUGAUCUAGAAGAAGAUGUUGCUGCCAAUUAUGCGUUGAACCUUGACAAGGCCUUAGCAGAACUUCCUGCUCCAGUUACCAGUGGGACUGUGCUCACAGUUGAGGAUUUGCAGCAGGAAUUGUCAUGCAAUAUAAACAUCAAACACAGGGAGGAGUUUGAUGAGGAAAAAGAACCUGAUGGGAUGCUCCUGUCUGGGUGGGUAGCUCCUACUGAGAAAGACGCUCGGCUUGUAAGCAAUGGUGAGAGUACAUCAGCUGCGCAACUGGCAGAAAAAUCUGAUGAGGAUGGGAUAGCUCCGGCCAGAUCUGGGACAAAGAGAAAACAAUCUGAGAUGUCGGAAAUGAUAGACAAUAUUGAUGAUAUGAAGCCUUGUUCAAGCCUUGACAUUGGUGAUCAACUAAAUCCUCAAGAGGUUGAAGACAAUGAUGAUGAUGAUGAUGAUAUUGUCAUGCUUGACGAGAACCCUGGACCAAGCAAGAGGAAGAAAUUACAAUAGAAUGUACUGUCAAUUAUUUCAAAUGAUGCAUCUUAUUCCAACCUGAAUAGAUGGUAUCCAGUUAUCUAUUAACAGCUUUUGACCUUAUAGGAUUCUAAUAUCAUCACUAACACAUUGUUCCUGGUGCAUCGUCAAUGUAAUUAAUUGCUUGGGCGAAGUCCAUGGACAUGGAAGUGCAUGUUUAAAAGCAUGGUGAAGAUUAUGUGUCCACCAUAUAGGUUGGUAAGCAUAGUUGGACUGGUGAUAUUGGAAUUUUUUUUUUUUUUUGACAUUUUGGUUGGAGUAAGAUGUGAUCUGUUUUUUGAUGGGUGUAACGUGUUAACUACUGAUAAUUUUUUGACUUUUUAAAUUAUGUAUGCAAGGAUUUGUUUUUACUGUUCCAGUUAGA